AUGGACCGACACGACGUAGAUAUCAUGGCAAUAAAUGAAACGUGGUUAAGGGACGGUGAAGAGGGCCGCGCGCCGUCGGUAACUGGCUACCGAUUGCGUCAUAUUCCCCGACCGCCCGCUGUGCGCUCGCGCGGCGGUGGGGUUGGGUUUUACAUACGACGGGGCGUUGUUGUCCGUACACUACCUCAUCCACCGGCUCCGCUCGUUGAGCAAAUGUGGCUGUGCGUAAAUGUCAAUGGAAAAAAGUUACUGGUAGGUACUGCAUACAGACCGCCCUGGCUUAACGUAGAUACGUUUGUAGAUGCUUUAGCUGAGAGUUUGAGCUGUUUUUCGUGGUGCAAUAAUGUGGUAUUGUUGGGAGACUUUAAUAUUAAUCUCCUGAGUAUAACGGAUAGCAGCACCAAAAAGUUAACAGAUUUUCUGACGAGCCACACAUUGCACCAGUAUGUAACUACACCAACGCAUUUCACUGAGUACAGUGAAACACUUAUUGACACCAUAAGCACCGACAUAGACAAUACUGUGGUAGUAGUUGAUUAUAUACCUGAGCUGAGUCGACAUGCGUUUAUCACCUGCACAUUAAACAUCGUGAAGGCAAAACAAACACCAGUACGGAUAACUCGCAGAAAUCUUCACACUAUCGACUACGAACGGUUCGAUGUGGAUCUGUCUACCAUAGACUGGAUGAGAAUAACCCACUUAGAGGAUGUCAAUGAUAUGGUGAGGCAAUUCAGUGAAUGUUUGGUGGGUUUGUUCGAUGUACAUGCUCCCCUUCGGAUAUUACAUGCCAAACAGCGCCAGUACCCGUGGAUUACCUACAAUGUGAAACAACUUGUAAAGCGCCGUGACGAAGCACAUGCUGCGGCACGACACAGUGGCAAUGACUCGCAAAAAUCUUACUAUAAGGACCUCAAAAAAGUUGUUAAUGAUGUGUUGAUAAGUGAAAAAAAGGCUUACUACAAUCAUUACGUAAAUAAGCAGAAAGAUUCUCGAGUAUUAUGGGCACAUAUAAAAAAAAAUGUUAACAUAAAAAGUAAACCAGAGCUACCUACACAUAUUUUUAACGAUCCUAAUUUAAUAAACGACCACUUUUUGAAUGUGCCCGGUAGUCAACAGCCAUUACUAUCAGAUAUAACAUAUUUUCAGCAAAAUAGUAAGAUAAACACAAAAUUAUCACUAACAACAGUAGAAGACAAUGAGAUUCUGCAAAUCAUGCGAUCAUUAAAGUCAAACGCGGUUGGUCUCGACGGGAUAUCACUGGACAUGUUGCUGUUGUCGUUACCUGUCAUACUGCCUGUUGUUACAGCUAUGGUGAACAGAUCUAUUGAAACCAACACGUUCCCAGUGGACUGGCAGCAUGCAGUCAUAAGGCCUAUUCCUAAAAUUAAUAACCCUUCCAACUUGACAGAUAUUCGGCCCAUAAGCAUACUGUCUUGUGUAUCGAAGGUCCUUGAGACAAUUGUAGCAAAACAAGUAACAAACUUUCUAGAAAGUCACGAAGUUCUUCCUAACGUACAAUCUGGGUUUCGUAAGAAACAUAGCACGACAACUGCUAUGAUUAAAGUAGUUGAUGAUAUCCUAUCUGCACAAGACAAUGGACAGGGCACCUUGUUAACACUGCUGGAUUUCUCUAGAGCCUUUGACUGCAUUAAUGUUAGCCUACUACUAGCUAAACUGCAUUAUUACGGAUUUGCUGACUCCACCAUCAAAUGCCGUGGAUAA